AUGUAUGGAAUUAACCAACGCUGUUUUUACUUAUCUUUUCACUUCUUCGUGGUCUGGUGCCAUGCACAGGGGGAGAAUGAGCCUUCUCCUGAUUUUAAGCAGCACGUGAGGGAGCAGGGCGCGCAGACGGACGCGCUGAGCCGGCGGCAGGUGCGAGUGUACCAGCUCUACAGCCGCACCAGCGGCCGCCACGUGCAGAUCCAGGGCAAGCGCGUGAGCGCCACCGCGGAGGACGGCAACACUUUCGCCAGGCUGUAUGUGGAAACUGACACGUUCGGCAGUCGAGUUCGGAUCAAAGGAGCCGAGAGCGGCCGGUAUCUCUGCAUGAACCGGCGAGGAAAGCUGGUGGGCAAGACCAGCGGCGGAGGCAGGGACUGCAUCUUCACCGAGAUUGUCCUGGAGAACAACUACACCGCCUUCCAGAAUGCCAAGUAUGAUGGCUGGUACGUAGCCUUCACUAGGAAAGGGAGACCCAUGAAAGCCUCUAAAACCAAGGAGAACCAAAGGGAAGUCCACUUCAUCAAGCGGCUCCACAAAGGUCCUCUUCCCUUCCCCAACUCGGACCGAUCGAAACACUUCGAGUUCAUCAGCUUCCCUCCGAUCCAGCGAGCCAAACGCAACAGGAAAUCACACACGGCUUCCUAA